AUAAGCAUUGUUGCUGGCAGCUGAGCCGCCAGACUAUCGCGGACCGGUUGCUACUCGAGAGUACCAUCGCCAGCGGAUGUGUAUCGAUCGCAGUUUUUUUUUUGCUCUCAGUGCGCGGUCUAUAGAGUGAGAGAACGGAAGUGCGUUUCGAGGUGAUACGUUGUGCGCGCGGGAAUAUCAUUUCAAGUCUCUUGUUCGCCGAAGCAACAUCAGCGAGAUGAAGAACCUACUGCUGACAUCGUUCCUGAUACUGCUCGCCGGCGAGAUAGCCUCGCAUCCGACAAGUGUGAUCAGCAGUGGAUCGUUGGAGAGAAAUACCGAUCUGCCGGUGGCAAGUACCGAUCAAGACAGCCACUUGGAACGCGUUCACGUGAAACAAGAGACGGGCUUCGAUGGCAAAGUUCGCUCGAUUCGCUUCAGCCUCGAGCCCGGAAAGGACGAGAAACCAAUAGGAGUUCGAGUAAAUCACGCCGACAACGUCGUCCCCGAGGUUGUGACGUCUUCUUCGGAAUCGGAUUCGAAAUCGAGUUCCGGUAGCUUCAGUGCGUUGGACACGGCGCUAUCCUCAAGGUCGAGAAGAUCCAUAGAUCAACAAUCGGACAAAAAUACGCUCGACGAUCUUCAGGCCGAAGAAGCUCGGGUUUUUCGGCCUCUGUUCGUCUACAGGCAACAGGUGGCCAGACGCUUGAAAAUCAGGAACGAUAGGCAGCCCAUUAGCGGCGGGCGUCCUAGAGUUCAGAGGACAAAACCCAAUUAUAAUCCUUACUAUUAUCCUUCCGAUUAUCCAUACCGAUAUGCACCGUACGAAUAUCCACGUUAUUGAGUCUAGUGAUUUAUCUUAAUUAUUUCGAAAUACUAUUUGGUUAAUACUGCACUUGCGUCAAAUUUAAAAAAUAUAUAAGGCUUUGCGCAUUUGUAAAAAUUCUUUUCUGCGGCUAUUGCAUUAUUGUGAUUUAAUUUUUUGUUUAUAGCUAAUUAGUGUGUAUUUAUUAUUUAAAAUGAGUUAGAGGAUUUUUCAUUAUAGAUGAGAAAAAAUGAAAUUUUAAUUAAAUUAUGCUUCUAUAAUUAAUGUUAAUCUACGGCGAGGCUCCAAAAGAUCUGAGAUAUAAUUAUGUGAAUCUCAUAUAAGCGCAAAAGUAUUAUGCAAAAAGUAUUAGGAUGUUUGCGAUUUUUCGACGAAUGUGAAAAAGAGUAUAAUUCGCUAAGCGUGUAACCUUAUAUAUCAGUGUAAGCGACAAUAUUUAUAUCUUUGUAUUUAUUUAUUUUUUUUUCUAUUUUUAUGAAAUAAAAAAUACUGAAAAAUUACAAAAUGCACUGUCUUCAAUUUUAACUACUCAAAGCAUGGCUUAAGCCAUCGAAUAUUAAUACGAUAGGUAUAGAUAUACGUAACAAAUAUGGCGGAUCAAACAAAUAUGUGUCUUCCAUGAUUUCGCGCGUUGGAGUGCAUUUUCGCUCGUUCAGUGCACUGAGAAAAUAAUGAUUUUUCAAAAUCAAUAGUACACAACUAUGUUAAAAUGACAAAUUGGAGAGUAAUCCGUUCCGACCCAAUGAGAGACGACGCCGGCAACUACUCGUACGAGGAAAUCGAAAUUCGUCAAUCGUUAUCGACUAGGGAAUACGGCGAGGACGGCGUCAUCUCGAAAUUGGUGUCGAAUGCCGUCAUUCACGCGCUGGAAGCAUUGUUAACGGCCCUCUUAUCGCCUAUCAUGGUGUGGCAAUGGCUAUCGAAACAUGAUCACUUUAUGAUGAUUCUCAGAGUCGUUUUUGAGGUCGCCUUAGAGUUAAUAAUGUUAAUCGUCUUCGCUGGAGUUUCGAUUCUCACCGCCGCAACCUUGAUAUUCCAAGACGCGUACAACGACGAAACGGCGCAUUCCACAAAAGCCAUGAUAGCCGAGCUGCGUGACGAAAACGAGAGGAAAGCGAUCAGGGAAAAACCGAUUAACGCCAGAACGAUAAUAUUUUCCCCCAAUUGCUCGUCGCCCGGCAGUAGCUGUAAACAAGAUGAGUUUUUGUUUAGAUGAUUUUUGUCUAAAGUAGGGAUUCCCGGAUAUACGCUGUGUAUUAGGCCGACUUUGCGAUAUACCCAAUGUUUGUUUCUCUUUCGAGAACGCUGGUGAAUUCGGAGUAAAUUAAAUUAUGUAAUUGCGCACAUUCGUCUGAAGAAGAGCAACGGGUUAUCGGCGAUGUUUACUAAAUCAUCUUGCGGAUAUUGAAUCUUAGCAGUUAGUUAUGCACGUUUUCAUUCGUAUAGUUAUUGUAAAUGUUGAAAUUCAAAUUUUGUCAAUUUUUCAAGUCCGUGUGCAUCUGUCUCUGUAAGAAUGAAAAUACAAAUAAAUAUAAUGAACCAUACUAUCAAAA